UUCUUUCCUAACUUUCAUCAACAAUUCAAAAAAGAAAAACCCCAUAUUUUUACAGACAUGGGCUUUUUUGUAGCCCUUGCAAGAAAUUUGGAUGCACUUCUUGGGCCUGGAGUAAUGCUUCUAUAUCCAUUAUAUGCAUCUAUGAGAGCAAUUGAGAGCCCAUCAACUCUAGAUGAUCAACAAUGGCUAACAUAUUGGGUUCUCUACUCCUUCCUUACAUUGUUCGAGCUCUCAUGUUGGAAGAUCCUCCAAUGGCUGCCGUUUUGGCCGUACAUGAAGCUUAUAUUCUGCUUGUGGCUGGUUCUUCCCAUCUUCAACGGCGCAGCUUAUAUUUACGAGAAUUUUGUACGAAAAUACGUUAAGGUCGGGAGCUAUGUCGGCUCGAAUGUUCCAGAAGGCCAGAGGAGGGUUCUUCAGAUGAUGAGCCUUGAUGCCAGGAAAUCGGUUGAGAGGUACAUCGAAAAAUAUGGAGCCGAAGCCUUUGACAGGGUCGUCAAAGCGGCUGAACGAGAAGCAAAGCGACAUUGAGGAGUUGUGUUAUUCUUUAAUUUCCAUAGAGAUUAUAUUGAGGUUGUUGUUUGGUAACUCAAUUUGGAAUGAUGUUGUAAUUGCAAUUUUAUGAAAUUGAAUUUGAAGUUAUGAUA